AUGAGCGGGGCGAAGGAGAAGAAGCAGCGGAGCAAGGAAAAGGCAAAGCCGGAGGAGAAGGAGAAGGAGAAGAAGAGCAACAAGAGUCGAAGCGAGGGCGAGGGCGAAGAGCCGACCAACAAGAUCAAGCGGCGGCGCAGCUUCAGGUUGAGCAGAGGCGCCACCAACAAGGAGGUGAACAAGGCCUUCGCCAAAGAGGAGGAGAAAGCGAAGGAGAAGGAGAGCAAGCAGAAGAGGCUCUCCAAGUCCACGUCCGCCAUCGCCUCUGCUGCCCUUACCGACCGGCACGUGAAGAGCGACGGCGACGAGCCGGAGAAGGGAGGCGACAAGUCAGGGGGCAGCCGUAUCCAUCAUAAGAAGAAGGCGGGCCAAGAAGAAGGAGAAGUGAGCAAGAAGAAGUCAACGCAAGUUGUCGAUAAGGAGCCUGGGUCUUCUUCUUUCGUCACAGCGGCGGACAGCAGCGAUAACAAGGACAUCAUGGAAAAGGACAGGGGGAAGCGGAAGAGUAAAUCGGAUGACGAAUGGGAGAGGGUGAAGCGCCUGAUCGACGAGGCAGAAGCGCAGAAGGGGCGGGCAGUGAAGGAGGCCGAGGUCGUGGAUGAGGCGGUGGCCUACUACGCCCAGAAAGCGGAAACGCCCAGGAAGGACGGCACGGCCGCAUCGAGCUUUGCGCCCGCAUCGUCGUCAUCUUCAUCUUCCAGGAAGCGGUUAACGGUAUCCCUCGGCCCUGGCGCCUCGCCUCGGAGCAAUGCGAUGGGCAGCAACAGAAUGAAUACGAACGCGCGUCGAGUCUCGAAUGAGCUCAACAUCAAGGUCCAGCAAUUCAACAUCGAGAAGGAGGGCGUGUUCAAGAGCUUCAAGUAUCAACAGCUGCCACCCCUGCGCGUCAAGCCCCUCUCAUCGCAGUCAAAUGUGAUCGAAUUGUUCGGCCCCAGCGAUGAGCCGGGAGCCGCGAAUCGGGCGGAGAUGCUGCCCUCAGGCGACGUCUACUGCCGCGCCAUCUCGACCUACCCCUGGGACAUGCAUGCCUCGGCCCAGGCCGAGAAGGCCGCUGCCGCCGCCGUGGCGGCCGACCCUGCGGGAGGGCUGAACACUAACUGGAGCCAGGUGUUCGAGGGCGUCAACAUCGUUUCCUCGGCUGAUGGCAAGACCAAGGCCGGAGCCCGACCCAAGGUCUUCGCCAACCGCACGCUGGUCGCACUUGCCGACGGCUGCAACUGGGGAGAGAAGCCCAAGAAAGCUGCUCAAACGGCGUGUCAGGCCUUCCUGGAACACAUGAAGAGCAAGUUCGGCCAGGUGAACGAUAUCAAGACGGCGGGCCACUACAUGCUCCGCGCUCUGGCCCAUGCCCACACGCAGAUCAUGAACACCUGCGCUCGCGACGCCCAGGCCAGCGGCAAAACGAUGAAGGUGACUGAUGGCGGCACCACCACGCUGUUGGGCGGCAUCCUUUUGGAGCUGGAGGAGUCCGAAGCGGAGCAGUUGGGCAGCCAGUGGGUGUUCGUCUGCGUGAGCGUGGGCGACUGCAAGGCCUAUCUCUACUCCCCGUCCUCCAGGCAGGUCAUCGACGUCACUCGCGCCGGCAAUCGCUCGGCCAAGGCGGACAUGAGCGAUCCUGGUGGCCGGCUGGGACCCACCGUUGGUCGCGGAGGCGACGCCGAUUUGCGCAAUCUGGGCCUGUACAUGGCCCCGUGCGAAGAGGACUCGCUGCUUCUGGUGGUGUCUGACGGCGUACACGACAACCUCGACCCCGAGCACUUGGGCCUCAGCCCCAACGACGUGGGCGUGGACCAGGACAAGUGGGACAGCAACUUCGAGGCCCUCGAGAAGGCGAAGCACCUCUUCCGUUCGAGCUGCCUCAUGCAGAAAAUUCGCGGCUCCAACGAGGAGGUGCGACCCACGCCUGAGGAUGCGGUCAACCGGCUGUUGGAUCACUGCAAACACGUCACCCAAAGGUCGCGUCAGUGGAUGAUGGCCAAUCCGACGAGGCGAUUGCCCAAUGAUCACAUCAACUUCCCCGGCAAGAUGGACCACACGAGCUGCAUUGCUGUGACCGUGGGCAGGCGGCAGCAGCCCAAGGAGGGCGGAAGCUCCAUCAUUAUGCCGGCCCCCGUCCAAGCUAACACGCCCAUCACAGUCACCGUGGCACAGAACGAGCAGCAAGUCGCGGUCGUCUGCCGCACGCUCUUGAUCAACAACCUUUCGUGCUCGGUGCAGGGCAGGAAGAUCGAGUUCACGCUCCGCAACCCCGACGCCACGGCCACCAAGUCGGCGUCGAUCGUGCCCUCGGGCUUCCGCGUCGUCGGCGACAACGAGGUCGAGGCCAAGAAGUGGAAGCGCGUCGUGGACCUUCCGUGCCGCGUCGCCCUCGACUCCCAGCAGACCAAGCAGCUCGACGACCACACCAUCCUCUUCACCUUCACCAAGGCCCUCUGA